GACAUGGAGGCGAAGGGAGGGAAGGCGAUCGUCGGCAAACAGUAAACAGAAGUUUGCGCCACCAAACGUAAGUAACCGCCGGGUUAUUUGUUGGCGAGGACAGAGGUCAGCGGGCAGGCAAGUCGUCAUUCACAUCAUGCUAAUGGCGGGGCGCGUGAAGCCCCGGUCUUUGUGUCGGCCUUCCAGUCGGCCUGCCACUCGGGGUCUUGCCUCAUACACAGACCUGAGCUUCUGACGAGUCUAGAGACUUUCGCUUUCCAACACUCACAACGGCUGGCACUGGGGGAAGAAAAGGAACGAAACCUCCGACUGAAAAACUGUGGCCUUCAGUUCAGUCUUUAGGAGGGAGAAGUCUUGAGGAGCUUUGACACCCCACUGACACCACCGCCACCUCAGCGCCAUCUAGCUCAGGAUUAAUGAAGUCAUCCACCCUGCAUGACACUCACAAUGUUAUUUCUCCACUAACAGAAGCAGGAUAUGUGUAAGGGACAGGACAGCAAGCCAGACAGGAGCAGGUGACAAUCUCACGAGACAGCAGCAUCAACACGUCCAGCCAGACCCACGUAGUCACGUGACUGUUUGUCGCCAAGAUGCUGUUGCUGGUGUCUCUCUUGCUGGGAUUUGCACUUCAAACGCACGGGGCAGCACCGGUCAUCUCGGGGCAGGUCGGCCAGGCGACAUUGAAACGAGACCAACCUUCUGACUGGCGUCUGUACGAACUGGACGUGAACGACCCCGACAACGACACCUUCACGUGCAGCGUCGUCGAUGUGACUCCGUCGACCAACAUCUUCGAGGUGACGACACGACCAGAGGAUAAUGGGGUGUACUGGCUCUACUUCAUCAACCAUGGAGCGGGCAGUGUGACAGGAGACAGUUACAGCCUGGACAUCACGUGUACUGAUAAUGGCACAGACACAUCCAACAUCUUACAGGUCAGAGUGGACAUCAUCAACAACUCGCCUCCCACACUCAAUGCUAGCAACUCAGAACAUGUACAGGUGAAUAUUUCCACAACCCAUCUACCUCGCUCUGUCCUAUAUGUGAUCGGAUAUCAAGACCCGGAUAAUGACCUGGUGACCUGUACAGCAUCACCUCCUACCGGCUUUUCUGUUACAGCGGACUGCGUCAUUCAGAACGAGGUUGACCUGCGCUCAGUCACCGCCUCAUCAGUUAGUAUAACGGUCAGCGUGUCAGAUGGUGUGAACGCCGCUGUGACCGCCCGGGUCACGCUCAGCUUUACAAACGACAACCAGGCGCCCAGAGUUACCUUCCCGUCCGACCUCGUGACUGCUAACGAGAACGUGAUGGGUGGCGCCACGUUGUUCACCGUCAGCGUCACUGACGACACCUCCACCCCUAGUGUCAGAUGUGGUAUCUCUCCUGCAGCGGACUCCUCCUACUUUGUCGUCACAGUCACCCUUCCAGCUGUCAGCAUCAAGCUAGCGAGCGGCAAACAGUUCGACUACGAGACAGGCACGACAACCUUUAUAAUCACGUGCUCGGCUGACGACGGUUAUCGCCAAACAACAGCUUCUACCACGCUGCUUAUUAUGGACGUCAACGAAGCCCCCUACUUCCGCUCUGUUCCGGUUCAGGUUACAGUGAGUGAAGGGCCGGUGGGGACCGUGUCUGUGCUGCCAGCCUACAGCGCCGUGGAUCCUGACAGCAACUCGCUGACGUACACCAUUGUGGCAGGGGGAACCUACUCUAACCUCUUCUCUAUCAGGACGUCAGACGGAACACUUACCAACCAGCAACCGUUAGAACGAGACAACGGCGCGACCAACCCAGUCAUUAAGGUGAUGGUCACUGACCCCGGUGGACUGAGUGCCACUUCUGACGUAACUAUUUACCUGACCGACAUCAACGACAACCCGCCUGCGUUUAACCAAACAUCAUACGAUUUCAAGGUCGGCCUGUCCUCAGCCAAGGGUGACCUGGUGGGCGCGAUUGGUGUCACGGACCCUGACGCCGGCAGCAACGCUCGUACAGACCUCGUUAUGACGUCAGACAGUCCCUCCGGGUAAGGGAGGCUACUUUCAACAGUUUAGCGCUAUAGGCUGUGUUCUGCGCCGC